AUGACUGCUCCCGAGGUAUCGCACGGCAGAGGUGGGGCUGGAAACAUCAACCCAGACGACACAAAGUACGUCGAUGGCGAGAUUGUACGAGCGGGGACGCCCGGUUCCCAAGGUGCUGGAGCAUACAGCACUGGCCGUGGAGGCGAGGGAAACAUUGGUGACCGGGGUGUUGUUCCCACUGCUCGGACGGAUGAGGAUAUUGUACCCGAUGCCGCGCUACGCCCGGUUGAAGACGACACGGCACACACUGGCAGAGGCGGUGCCGGCAAUGUGCAUCUUGGCCCCGAGCACAAGAAGAAGAGAGUGAUGGACGGCGCCCAGCAUGAAGAAGCCUCGGCUCAGCACGGCAGCGUCGCCGACAAGCUGAAGCAUAAGGUUCUCGGCGUUUUCAAGAAAUAA